GAGCGUACGCCUUCGCCUCCGCGCACGGUCCAGAGUCCAGACUCCAGCCAAGCCAGUGCUACUACGCUCUUCCUCAUUCGUCUCCCCUCUCUAUCUGCCCUGCCGGCCCUCGGGACGACGUCCAGCGGCCAUGGUCGGGCCCGAGAUGCUCGUCGCCGCGACGGUGAACCAGGUCGCUCGGAAGAUCAACGAGAUCAUCGGCGUCGCGCAGGGCGAGGCGAAGCUGUGCUGCAGCUUCAGCGACGACCUCGAGGGCAUCAAGGACACCCUGGUAUACCUUGAAGGCCUCCUCAAGAACGCGGAGAACAACUCCUUCGGGCGCGAUAGGGCGAACCUGCGGCACUGGCUGGGCCAGAUCAAGUCUCUGGCUUACGAUAUCGAAGACAUGGUUGAUGGGUACUACUUUUCCAAGGAGGAAUAUGAGAGAAGCAACUAUGCUCAGAAGGGAUCUUUACUCUGCUCUUUAUCCAAUCCCAUGCUUUCGAAGGUUAGCAUGGUUCAUAAGAUGAAAUCCAAGAGGGAGUUGUUACAGACGAGGCAACAUUUACCUACCCAGUAUCAUUUCAUCUCGCAUAUUAACUCAGUGGUAAAUUUUGAUGAAAAGCAGACAACAUCAUACAGAAACAAUGACAUCAGAAUUGUUGGGAGGGAUCGAGACUUGGAACAUCUUAUGUACAUGUUGAUGCAGAUAAAUGUGAAAGAACUUACCAUUAUUUCCAUAGUUGGGCCAGUGGGCCUUGGGAAGACGAGCCUUGCACAACUUAUUUUCAAUGACGCAAGAGCAGAGGCAUUCAGAUUCAGGAUAUGGGUUCAUAUUUCCAUGGGCAAUGUCAACCUUGAAAAAAUUGGGAGAGAUAUAGUUUUGCAAACUACAGAAAGGGUUGAGGGAAGCAUGCAGAUGCAGUCAAUCAAGAAUGCUGUUCAAGACAUACUUAAUAGGUAUAGCUGCUUAAUAGUGUUGGAUAGCUUGUGGGGCAAAUAUGAAGAAGUGAAUGAGCUGAAGCAGAUGUUGCUUACAGGUAGAAAGACUGAAAGCAAGAUCAUAGUGACCACUCACAGCAGUAAAGUAGCUGAGCUGAUAUCCACUGUGCCACCAUACAAACUGCCUUUGUUGUCAGAAGAUGAUUGUUCAACUAUAUUCUCUCAAAGGGCAAUGGCAGGUCAUAAUGACCCACUUUUCAGGGAAUAUGGAGAAGAAAUUGUUAGGAGAUGUGAAGGAAUACCCUUGGUAGCCAACUUUCUUGGAUCUGUGGUGAAUGCUCAAAGACAGAGGCGUGAGAUAUGGAUAGCUGCAAAGGAUAAAGACAUGUGGAAAAUAGAGGAAGACUUUCCUGAAAACAAAAUUAUGCCAAUAUUUCCAUCAUUCAAGAUAAUAUACUACUGUAUGCCCCAUGAGCUAAGGUUAUGCUUUGCAUAUUGUUCAAUCUUCCCUAAAGGACAUGUCAUUGAUAAGAAAAAACUUAUUCAGCAAUGGAUUGCACUUGACAUGAUUGAAUCCAGACAUGGAACCUUGCCGCUUGAUGUUACUGCUGAGAAAUACAUUGAUGAACUUAAAGAUAUUUAUUUCCUUCAAGUUCUAGAGAGGCAUCAGACUGAUGCUGAAAUAUCCAAUACUUCUGAUGAAAAGCUCUGCAUGAAUAAUUUGGCACACGAUCUUGCUAGGUCAGUUGCUGGUGAAGAUAUCCUUGUGAUCUUAGAUGCUGAGAAUGAACGCUGCAACAGAAAUUAUGAUUACCGUUAUGCGCAAGUUUCUGCUUCUAGCUUACAAUCAAUAGAUAGUAAGGCUUGGCCUUCCAAGGCAAGAUCACUAAUUUUCAAGACAACUGGUGCAGAAUUACAGCAUGUCAGCGAAGUUCUUUCAGUGAACAAAUUUUUGCGUGUUUUGGAUAUCAGUGGGUGUUCUGUGAAGGAGAUGCCCGCUCCAGUGUUUCAGUUGAAACAACUGAGAUAUCUUGAUGCUUCAACAUUGUCCAUUGUAGAUCUGCCUCCCCAAAUUAGUGGCUUUCAUAAGCUUCAGACACUGGAUCUGUCAGAUACCGAAGUAACUGAGCUACCAGCCUUCAUUGCCAACUUAAAGAGGCUGAAUUAUUUGAAUCUCCAAGGUUGCAAGAAACUUCAGCUAUUGAAUAACCUAGAUUUGCUGCAUGAGUUACAUUACCUAAACUUGUCAUGCUGCCCUGAAGUUAGGAGUUUUCCUGCAUCUCUGGAAAAUCUCAGGAAACUUCGCUUUUUGAACCUUUCGAAGUGUUCUAAGCUUCCAACAUUGCCUGAUGGAUUAUUGCAAUCAUUCUCUAGUUUUUCUUCCAUCGUGGAUUUAAACUUGAGUGGUUUUGAGUUCCGAAUGCUACCUGACUUUUUUGGCAACAUUUGUUCACUUCAAUUUUUGAGUCUGUCAAAAUGCUCAAAACUUGAGCUACUCCCCCAAUCAUUUGGUCAGCUUGCAUAUUUGAAAGGUCUGAACCUUUCAUUUUGUUCUGAUCUUAAACUCCCGGAGUCCUUUGAAUGCCUUACUUCUCUUCAGUUUCUAAAUCUCUCACACUGCCCUAGUGUAGAAUAUCUACCAUCUGCUUUUGACAAACUUAGUAAUUUGGAGUAUCUUAAUGUAGCACAAUGUGUUGGACUCAAAGCAUUACCUAAGUCACUUUCAAACCGCAAAAAGCUCCAAAUUGAGGUUUUGGGGUGCCAGGAUUGCAUAGUGCAGUCAUGUUCUCUAAGCUCCCAAUCCAAUGCAUGCUCAGAACAAGUCAAGGAAGUUGGAUCAAGUAGUGCUAUCUCACAUACGAUUCUGAAGGAGUCUGCAAACAAAGAUGUGGCAGUAGGAAUAACUUUCUCAGACAUUGAUAGUUAUCCACAAAAUAAGCUGAAGCAAAAAUUGACAAUCUCUUAUCAUAUGGAUGGACAUAAAAGUGAAGAUCCUAAUUUUAUUAACAAGCCAAACUCAACUAGAGAGAAAGUACAACUAAGCCCUGGACACCAGUUCCCAUCAUCUCCAUCUCGAAUUUCUUCCAUUGCAUCAAGUUCUAGUGGACUAUUUGCAUCUGGCUCCUUUUCAGAUGUCUCAACAACUGACAAUCCAGUGUCCAAUGACAAAGCAGGUUUACAGCCGGAAGAGCGAUGCCACGAACCUCAGGUGCUAACAGGCGAUGGCCAGAUUUAUGAACACCAAGCAUCCUCAUCACACAUGGACAUGGCUGCACAUCUGCACGAAGCAACCGCUGCCAAGCACAGAAAUGAUAACCAUAUUACUCGCUACGGUGGAGAAUAUCACUUAAGUGUACAGCGCAAUGGGUCCAACCAAGGGAUUGUUUGAUACGGAUAUCUCUUCUUAGUACUACUGCAGACAGCCAAACAUUUAGAUUCUGUAUAAAGUGCUGAUUAAAUUGACCUCUCUUUAUAUGGUGUCCCGAUUGAAAUGCAGACAGCCAAACAUUUAUAUACUUUGACGGCUACUUGUACAUCGAAAGAACAUAUCAUGUCUUGAAUUUUGGUGAAUGUUUUGUCAUAUUAUA